AUGGAGGUGGCCAAAAGAUUGGAUGCUCUGAGGGCAAGUCGUGGUCUUGGCUACAACGUUAAUUCGAAGCAAGAGAUUAGUCCCGGUUAUUCAAUGAGUGAUGAUGGCGGCGAUACUUGCGAAUCAGAUGAAGAAAUAGUGGCUAAAAGCUCCGAGUCGCCGAUUCCGUUGGAAUCCCACGAGAAGACUUCUGAACAAUCGAAUCGUGGUGAUUCACAGUCAGGGAAUACGCGUAGUGACGACGAAAAGCUUGAUGAAGUGGUCGCCAAGUUCAGCCAUAUCUCUCUCGAAACUAAGGGAUUACCUAACAAGGAUGAUCGCCCCUCUGAUGCUCCCAACAAGUCGAGUUGCAAGGCGGCAGCAGCUGUUGUACGUCAAAAUCCUAUUUCUAAUGAUGGAAGCAGCCACACUAAUCAAGCAGCUCUAGACACACGUCCCCUAAGGCCUGCGGAGGUGAAAGAGAUAUGUACGAAUGCUCUUAAAACCGGCCAAUCCAACCACAGUAGAACCAGCUCGGAUGCUAGUCCCUUUUCUAAGAUAGGAAAUGAGUUGCCCAGAGAUGAUAACAGCAAUAUCGUGCGUGCAGAGAGAAGGAGGGACAUCACACCACCUGGACCUUUUUAUGAUGAAGACCGUAUCCGUUUAACCGAGUAUAUCAAGCCUUACGACGGCAUCAGAGUGUCGCUAACUGGAUCUCCUUCAAAAAACUGUGAUGGAAAACGUCUCAAUAGACCUCUUGGUGUUACUUUUGAUGAAGCUUUGGAGCAGUGGAUUGUAGCAGAUACUGGUAAUGAUCGGGUUGUGCUGGCUCCCAGUGGCAACGUGCUGACGUCAGCGAAGAUGCUAGCUCCAAGCGCGGUCGUCGUUCUCGAGCCAGGAUAUUCUUUUGCUGUUCUGACCAAACGCAUUCACUUCGCGGCCUACGAGGCCGUUGGAAGUGAAAGUGUAGGAUUAGCACUCACUCCACGGAAAAACUUAUUAAUAUUGGAGAAGAUAAAGGGAUUCUGGACUAUUUGCAUCUAUGAAGGCAAACCUAGAGCCACGCUCGUGAACUCUGCUCAUUAUCCGAAGAUCGAGAACGGAUUGCCGUCGUUCCUUGACGUACAUCGUGAUCUUCUUAUAAUCACCGAUCUAGGAUUAGCACUCACUCCACGGAAAAACUUAUUAAUAUUGGAGAAGAUAAAGGGAUUCUGGACUAUUUGCAUCUAUGAAGGCAAACCUAGAGCCACGCUCGUGAACUCUGCUCAUUAUCCGAAGAUCGAGAACGGAUUGCCGUCGUUCCUUGACGUACAUCGUGAUCUUCUUAUAAUCACCGAUCUAGGUAUGGUUUCUUAUUACUCCUUUCCCGAUUGUCGAGCCGUUCAACACGUUUUUUUUGCAGGAGCGCAGUCCUUGGUACGAUUUUCUAUCGAUGCCAAGACAGACAACUUGAAAUAUGAGGAGUGUGUAUUUCUGGGAAGCGGUCCCAAAAAUCGUGGGCACGUUGAAAUAAAGUACAUCAGUGGAGUGUUCAUUGACGACGACGAAAACGUCCUUAUUGCUGAUGCUAAGGGUCACUCAUUACAGGUAUUUACUAGUAAAGGUGUAUUUCUUCAUGCAGUCAAGGUCGUGAGUGGUGGCCUCCCUUACAUCAGUGGUCUCUGGGUCAACCGAAAUGGUUACAUUGGAGCUUGUCCACGAGCUGAAACGAAUGGUGGACUGUACGUCUAUCGCAUCAUCGUGCCACCACAGACAGACUACAAAAUCCCAUCUUUGAGGUCCAGAGCAUCUUGA